AUACAAAACAAAACAAAACAGAGAAAAGAACACUCGCCUCCCUUCACUUUGAAUUAUCUGAUCUGAUCUAAAUUCUAAUGUUGUUUGUUGUCCUAACAAAAGAGUACUGAAUUUACCACCACCACCACCACCACCUGUCAGUUCCAUCUUGGUACCUUGUCUUUAAUCAUCUCUCUUAAUUAUUCCUCUAAUCACCUAAUUCCUUCUUCCUUAACCUCCCCUCCCCCCCUCUCAUUUUCCAUUUCUUCUCCAUAACUCUCACUCUUCUUCACUCACUCUCCGUCCCUGCCAAUCUCUCACACGACAGCCAUGCCUGGUCUUGUCUCUGUUAAAACCCCACCAGAUGCACCACCACUUAACAUUUCUCUCCCUGAGAUCCGACCCGAAUCUUCAACCCGAUCCGAACAACAACCCAGAACCCCAACUCCCAAAAAACCCCCAUCUCCUUCCCCAUCUCGAUCCAAACCUUCCCCUGCCCGCUCCGCCAAAAAACCACCACCAGAUUCUCCUAACUCGAAUACCCUCCUCUCGGAUCCUUCCUUGGACAACCCCGAUCUUGGCCCGUUUCUCUUAAAGCUCGCCCGUGACACCAUUGCAUCCGGUGAAGGACCCAUUAAGGCAUUGGACUAUGCAAUCAGAGCAUCAAAUUCCUUUGAAAGAGUGGCCAUUGAAAAAGGUGAAGAGCCAAGUUUGGAUCUUGUUAUGAGUCUUCAUGUUUUGGGUGCUAUUUAUUGCAGUUUAGGGAGGUUUGAAGAGGCAGUGCCUGUACUUGAAAGGGCUAUUAAAGUGCCUGAUUUGAGUAAAGGAAUGGAUCAUGCCCUUGCUGGAUUUAGUGGGUAUAUGCAGUUGGGGGAUACUUAUUCAAUGCUCGGUCAAGUUGAUAAGUCGAUUGAGUGUUAUGAGAAAGGGUUGCAGAUUCAGAUCGAGAGCUUAGGGGAGAUUGAUCCACGAGUUGGCGAGACUUGCAGGUACUUAGCUGAGGCACAUGUUCAAGCUAUGAACUUUGAUAAAGCCGAAGAAUUGUGCAAGAAAACUCUUGAAAUUCAUCGUGCACAUAGUGAACCAGCAUCUAUUGAAGAAGCAGCUGACCGCAGGCUGAUGGCCCUUGUAUGCGAGGCAAAGGGAGAUUAUGAAUCAGCACUUGAGCACCUUGUCCUUGCCAGCAUGGCAAUGAUUGCAAAUGGACAGGACAAUGAGGUUGCUGCUAUUGAUGUCAGUAUUGGGAAUAUUUACAUGUCUCUUUGUCGCUUUGAUGAGGCUGUCUUCUCAUAUCAGAAGGCACUCACUGUCUUCAAGUCAUCAAAGGGUGACAACCACCCUUCGGUUGCAUCCGUCUUUGUACGUCUUGCUGACUUGUAUCAUAGGACUGGAAAACUCCGAGAGUCUAAGUCUUACUGUGAAAAUGCUCUGAGGAUAUAUGCGAAACCUGUGCCGGGAACCACGGCAGAAGAGAUUGCUGGGGGGUUGACUGAGAUUUCUGCCAUUUUUGAGUCUGUGGAUGAGCCUGAGGAGGCAUUGAAGCUCUUGCAAAAGGCAAUGAAGUUGUUGGAGGAUAAACCAGGACAGCAAAGUACCAUUGCAGGGAUUGAAGCUCGAAUGGGAGUGAUGUUUUACAUGGUUGGGAGAUAUGAAGAAGCAAGGAACUCAUUCGAGAGUGCUGUAACAAAACUUAGAAGUAGUGGUGAGAAGAAGUCGGCCUUCUUUGGGGUUGUGCUGAACCAGAUGGGAUUGGCUUGCGUACAGCUGUUUAAAAUAGAUGAGGCUUGUGAGUUAUUUGAAGAGGCAAGGGGGAUACUGGAAAAGGAGUGUGGCCCAUGCCAUCAAGAUACCAUUGGAGUAUAUAGCAAUCUUGCAGCAACUUACGAUGCUUUGGGGAGGGUUGAAGAUGCAAUAGAGAUCUUGGAGCAUGUUCUAAAGCUCAGAGAAGAAAAGCUUGGAAUUGCAAAUCCUGAUUUUGAAGAUGAGAAGAGUAGGCUAGCUGAGCUCCUGAAAGAAGCAGGCAGGGCUCGUAACAAAAAGGCAAAAUCAUUGGAGAAUCUCAUCGAUCCUAAUUCAAGGAGGACUAAGAAGGAAUCAACGAAGAAGUGGGGUUUUAGAAUUUGAAAAUGUACUGAUCGUAUUUAUCUACUUUACCACACCUGCACAUUCUGUAGCAUAGAAGACCUGUAUAGUGUCGAAGUUGUAAUCUGGUGAGUUUCCUUGAGCUUUGAAAUCCAUUUGUUGUCUAUUUGAAUUGUUUUAUUGCUUGUCUGUAUUGUGACCUCAAAGUUGUUCACCGCAACGAAGAAUGUUCAUUUGAGCGAAUAAAUUUUGAGAAUGCCUGAUGUUUUCUUAUGCA